AUGCUGGCACGUCUGUUUCGGCUCCACGGCCUGCUGGUGGCCUCCCACCCAUGGGAGGUCAUAGUCGGGACCCUGGCUGUCACCGUCUGCCUCAUGUCCAUGAACAGCCUGGCUGCAAGUAGCCAAGUGUGCAGCUGGAAUGAGUGCCCCAAAGCUGAGGAGGUAGUCCACAGCAGUGACAUAAUCAUUCUGACUGUCACUCGCUGCAUGGCAAUCAUUUACAUCUAUUUCCAGUUCAAGAAUUUACUACAGUUGGGCUCCAAAUAUAUACUUGGUAUUGCAGGGUUAUUUACAGUAUUUUCAAGCUUUGUCUUCAGCUCAGUGGUCAUCCACUUCUUUGGGAAAGAGCUGACCGGCCUAAACGAAGCCCUGCCGUUCUUCCUCCUGCUCAUCGACCUGUCCAAAGCUUGCACCUUAGCUAAAUUUGCCCUCAGCUCAAACUCUCAGGAGGAGGUGAGAGAGAACAUUUCUCAGGGCAUGGCUAUCCUGGGACCCACGUUCACCCUCGAUGCUCUGGUCGAGUGUCUUGUUAUAGGAGUUGGCACCAUGUCAGGUGUUCCUCAGUUAGAGAUCAUGUGUUGUUUCGGCUGCAUGUCUGUGCUGGCCAAUUACUUUGUCUUCAUGACGUUCUUCCCCGCGUGCGUCUCCCUGGUUCUGGAGCUGUCACGAGAAAGCCGCGAGGGCCGUCCCAUCUGGCAAAUGAGCCACUUGGCCCACGUGUUGGCUGAGGAGGAGGACAACAAGCCCAAUCCUGUGACCCAAAGGGUGAAAAUCAUUAUGUCUCUGGGCCUGGCCCUGGUCCACGCCCACACUCGGCUAACGUCUGAGCAGUCGGGCAACAACCGCACAGCGGAGGGACCCGUCGUAAAGAGACUGGACUCUGCCGGCGGCAUGUGGCCGCAGAAGCUCUCCAGCGUGGAGCUGGAGCACGUGAUCACCCUCAGCCUGGCCCUGCUUCUGGCUGUGAAGUACGUCUUCUUCGAGCAAGCGGAGACGGAGUCCACGCUGUCUCUCAGGAGUCCCAUUAGCAGCUCCUCCGCCACCCAGAAGCCCCGGGCGGCAGAGGACUGCUGCAGGAGGGAGCCUCCAGCCUCAAAGCCCCACAGAAGCUCAGGUGGUAUCCUGGCAACCAGCUCAGCCGCCUCGCCUCCCUCAGACGUGAAACCGUCCUCCGAGGCCGACGCCACCUUCAAAGAUAAGGCGCCACCGGCUCCCAUGGAAACCGAGCCCCUCCCUCAGACGUGCUGCGCCCCCCCGAGCUGCCGGUCAGAGCCCCGCUCGCUGGAGGAGUGCAUGGCCGUCCUCUCUGAUCCCCAGAGGGGUCCCCAAAUGCUCAGCGACGCAGAGGUGAUGAACCUCGUGACUUCCUGCAAGAUCCUGAACUACAAGCUGGAGUCGGUGCUGGAGACCCCGGAGAGGGGCGUGGCCAUCCGGAGGGAGCUGCUGGCCGCCAAGCUGCCCGUCUCCUCCGCGCUGGCCCGCCUGCCCUUCAGGGACUACGACUACUCUAAGGUGAUGGGCGCCUGCUGUGAGAACGUGAUCGGCUACAUGCCGGUGCCCGUGGGAGUGGCCGGCCCCCUGCUGCUGGACGGCAAGCAGUUCCACGUCCCCCUGGCCACCACGGAGGGCUGCCUGGUGGCCAGCGCCAACAGAGGCUGCAGGGCACUCUGGCUGUCCGGCGGCUGCAGCAGCAGGAUUCUGGCCGACGGCAUGACCAGGGGCCCCGUGGUCAAGCUGCCCUCCGCCUGCCGGGCCGCCGAGGUCAAGGUCUGGCUGGAGACCCCGGACGGCUUCGGCCUGGUCAAGGAGGCUUUCGACGAGACCAGCAGGUUCGCCCGGCUGGAGAAGCUGCUGGUCUGCAUCGCCGGGAGGAACCUGUACAUCCGCUUCCAGUCCCAGACCGGGGACGCCAUGGGGAUGAACAUGCUGUCCAAGGGGACGGAGAAGGCGCUGCACCGGCUGCAGCAGCAGUUCCCUGACCUGCAGGUGCUGGCGGUCAGCGGGAACUACUGCACCGACAAGAAGGCCGCCGCCAUCAACUGGAUCCUGGGCCGGGGCAAGUCGGCCGUGUGCGAGGCCACCGUUCCCGCCAAGCUCUGA